AUGACCAGUAUCUAUAGGAAGGUUGUCGAUGUUCGGAGUACAUGGCUUGAUGUUGAUGCGUCCGAUUUCUACGAACAGACGAAGGCAGACCCGAAAGGUACCACAGAAGAAACGGAAACCCCUCAUAAUGAGACAAAAGAUGAAAAGACUUUCAAGCUUCCGCCCUUUGACUCACAUGGGGGUUCCUAUAUUGAAAUUACAUCUCCAGCAGUGUUGGAAGCCCUACGAAGCGUGGUUGAUUAUGCCCCCAGUUACGAUCUCGGAGCGCGAAAAGUCAGAAUUGACUGGCCAUACUCACUUCUGAUUCACCAUGAAGACGCUCUCGCUGAGUACCAGGAAAGACUCGCAUCAUCAGAUUGUAUCGGGGGCGCUUGCCCAGGCACGUAUGCCUAUAGGCACAUUAGCAUAGUCAGAAAUUUCGUCAAGGCGGCGGUCGGUGCAGCAGUAAGAGUUGAACGCGAGCGCCAUGCAAGAGGAAUGGCUACUUUUGAAAUGCUAUGGCUCCUUUUCCCUCCUGGAAUCGAUGUGCUGUAUGAUAGGGAUAACACCGGGGAGUAUCAACCAUAUGUGAUAAGAUCACAAAACUGUUCUGUUGUAAACGAAACUGUCCGCUCUAUUUCCUUCAAACUUUGGAAUAUGGAAUACAAUGUGCUUUCCAUCUGUCCGUCCGUAACAGACGAUUCAAUUGAACCGUUCGCAGGCGAAGUCAAGAUCAGUUCUUUGGCGAUCUACCCUUUUGAAUACCGUACCCAGAGCAAGAUAUGGGGAGAAAAGGAAGACGCCAGGCAGUACUUUGAAGAGAGGGGCAAGAUCUACUUCCAGCUAAGGCGGCUGGGUUGCUGGAACUUCCGGGGAUAUACCACUUCGUACCCCCGGAACCCGAUAGAAGGACUGGUCAUUGCCGAUGACGACCGGUACAACGAGCGAUAUGAUAAGCUGCCCACGAGCAAAGACGACCCAGAAACGGAUUACGGGCAGGUGUUUGACCGAAACUGCUGCAACAAUUGCCGUGAAACUAUAAGCUCGCAACGCAAGCCGUAUAGGUUCAGUGGCUAUUCGAACAUCAACUUCGUUAGCGGGUCUGGUAUGACGGACCACCAGUAUUUCCUUUGCGAUUAUAGUUCACCUGCAUAUGUGUUGAAACAACGCCAGUGGUGUCACCUGGAUGUCGCAGGAUUCCGUCCAGUAAAAUAUGACAAGUCGAUGAUAGAUACACUCGUGAUGAAGGAACCGCGUAUCAAGCAGCUCAUCCAAGGUCUGACUCGCAAAUAUCUCAUCGGACUACAAGCAGAAGCAGAACGUGAAGCGGAAUUUGGCCAAAAGGUCACAAAUUCAAAAACACCGGCAUCAACAAAGCAGUGGUCACCCGAUUUCGUCAAAGGUAAAGGCGAGGGGUUAAUCUUUCUUUUGCACGGAAAGCCAGGUGUUGGGAAGACUUACACAGCCGAAUGCAUUGCUGCCAAUGCUGAGCGCCCUCUUCUAACUGUCACAUGUGCCGAUAUUGGAACAGACCCGCUUAAAAUUGAAGAAAACCUGCUGGUAUUCUUCAAGUACGCAAAAGCAUGGAACGCCAUCCUUCUCAUCGACGAAGCCGACAUCUUCAUGGAGCACCGGCGCGUUCAAGACAUCGAGCGCAACAGUCUUGUCGCUUCAUUCCUACGCGCAAUGGAAUACUACCAGGGUAUCCUCUUUCUCACUACAAACAGAGUGGGCAUGUUUGACGAAGCUUUCAUUUCGAGAAUCAAUCUGACAAUAUACUACCCACCAUUCUCCGACAAGGCCAGAGCAGAAGUCUGGGAAUCGUUUUUCCAAAAACUAGAGCGCGAAAGGGAGGGCGAGAUUAGAGUGCAUAACAACACGCGAGCAUACAUCGACGAGUGCAAAGAGCUCAAGUCGCUGCAAUGGAAUGGUCGUGAGAUCAGAAACGCCUUCCAGAUUGCCGUGUCAUUGGCGGAAACCGACGAGGAAAGAGACAAUCGCGGUUGCAUCGUUAUCAAGCAAAAGCACAUUGAGGCAACGGUGGAGAUGUCCAGAUCCUUCAAGAAAUACCUAAAGGAUCUGUACCGCAAGGAUGAAGAUGCAGUCGCCGCAUUGAGGGGGAAUAGAAAUGACCCUCGACCCAACACGGGAGAUGAGGGUGGAGAGGAAUACCACUAG